GGCGGGGCACUAGAUUUUGGUCCACCCAGGCAGUGAUACCCCAGAUACUCCUUUCUCUUCGUUCUCUCCUUGAAUUGGUAUUUGUGUAUCCCCAAAGCACGUUAGUCAAAAUGCCAGGCCAAAAGACUGCCAUCCUGUCCGUUUACGACAAGACAGGUCUCCUUGACCUCGCCAAAGGCCUUCACGAAUGUGGUGUCCGACUUCUCGCCUCUGGCGGCACGGCUAAAAUGAUCCGUCAAGCCAACUUCCCCGUCGAAGAUGUCUCCGCCAUCACUAAGCAACCUGAGAUGCUAGGCGGACGCGUCAAGACACUCCAUCCCGCAGUACACGGCGGAAUUCUUGCGCGAAACCUAGACGAGGACGAUUCAGACCUCUCCGCCAACAGCAUCGAGAAGAUUGAUUUCGUCGUCUGCAACCUAUAUCCCUUCUCUGAGACAGUUGCCAGGAUCAAUGUCACUAUCCCAGAGGCGGUCGAGGAAAUUGAUAUUGGAGGUGUCACUCUGCUUAGGGCUGCGGCGAAGAACCAUGCGCGUGUCACCAUCAUCAGCGACCCGAAUGACUACCAUGAUCUCCUCACAGAGCUAAAGAAGGAUGGCUCGGUCUCGGAAAAGAGCAGGCAGCGAUACGCCCUCAAGGCUUUCGAGCAGACAGCGUCCUAUGAUCAAGCUAUCUCAGACUUCUUCCGGAAGAAGUAUGCGGGCGAAGGCGACCAGUUCCUCCCUCUGCGCUACGGCGCGAACCCACACCAGAAGCCUGCGACCGUGUCGAUGCCAGACAAGCCUUUGCCGUUCAAAGUGCUUGGCGGUGCGCCGGGAUACAUCAAUCUCCUAGAUGCGCUCAAUGCAUGGCCAUUGGUACAGGAGUUGAGCAAGGCGCUGAACUAUCCAGCUGCGGCCAGCUUCAAGCAUGUUUCUCCUGCUGGAGCGGCCAUUGGUGUUCCGCUCAGUGAGGGAGAGAGGAAGGUCUACAUGGUUGACGACAUCGAGGGUAUUGAAAACUCAGGGCUCGCGCAAGCUUAUGCUAGGGCACGCGGUGCAGACCGCAUGUCCAGCUUCGGCGAUAUGGUUGCUCUAUCACAUGAGGUGGAUGUUCCAACGGCAAAGAUUAUCAGCCGCGAAGUCUCCGACGGUGUCAUCGCGCCUGGCUACACUGCCGAAGCUCUGGAGAUUCUUAAGAAGAAGAAGGGUGGCAAAUACCUUGUGCUCCAGAUCGACCCGGAGUACGUCCCAUCUGUGGACGAGGCCAGGACGGUAUUCGGCAUCACCCUGAAGCAACACCGUAACGAUGCCAAGAUUGUUCCUACCGACACAUUCAACACCGUUAUUGUACCCAAGAACUCUGGAACUCUUCCAGAAUCAGCUCAGCGUGAUUUGGCAGUAGCGACUAUCGCGCUCAAGUACACCCAAUCGAACAGUGUCUGCUAUGCACUCAAUGGCCAGAUCAUUGGCCUUGGUGCUGGUCAACAAUCCCGCAUCCACUGCACACGUCUGGCAGGUGACAAGGCUGAUAACUGGUGGAUGCGCUUCCACUCGCGCACUCUCGGUCUCAAGUUCAAGAAGGGCACUAAGCGUCCCGCAAAAUCCAACGCUAUCGACCUUCUCUGCUCCGGCCUUGUCCCCGAAUCAGGCAUUGAGCGUGACGAUUUUGAGGCCAACUUCGACGAAGGUCAGGUGCCGCAGUCGUUCACCACCGAGGAGCGCAAGGAGUGGCUAUCAAAACUGGAGGGUGUUGCUGUCAGCUCAGAUGCCUUCUUCCCUUUCAUUGACAAUGUCUUUAGGGCGCACAGGAGUGGUGCCAAGUACAUUGCUGCACCUACAGGAAGCCAGAACGACGGUGCAGUAUUCGAGACGAGCGAGAAGCUGGGUAUCACGUUUGUUGAGCAGCACAUUAGGCUGUUCCACCACUGAGAGGUCACUGCCUAGCAGCUGAUGGAAACGUGAUUACGACAUUCACGUGGGACACCAUGACUGACUAGAUAGAGAUCGGUAGGCACAAAUCGGAAAAACGGUGAUCCCUUUGGAAUGUGGUUAGCCUAAGAGGGUAUCUUGAUCACGAUGACCUUUUCCGUGAUCAAAUUAUAUUAUUUUGUUCGUUACGACGUUGUCGCAGUGCUCAUACGUGUCAGCAGUUCUUACAAAAAAUUCCCAGUAUUGUAUUCAAUGAUGCCUAUACAAACCUUUUCAUCUUUCAAUGCGCG